GGCAAAACGUUUGGAUCUUUCGAAAACGGUGUUCUGGUCAAAUCCCAUCAUCACAACCAAACAGAACCACAACAUCGACACAAUACGUCGACCAUGGCAACCUCCAGCAAACACGCAGUAAUCCACCGUCGACUGUACCGUGCCCUGCUACGAGCCGUCAAGCCGUUUACGCCACCAUCUCCGAAUGCGGCCGUUCUGUCGUGUCUAUUACAUCGAUCGUUUAUUCCCGUGGAUUUGGACGAAGAACUGGCGCUCAAGUAUCGACGACGUGAUAGUCAACAACAACUGCGAUCCAGCAACUAUGAUUUAGAUUUGAUGGAAGAAGAAGAAGAUGAUGAGGAUGCCUUGCCACAACGGUUUGAUGCCCAUUUUCUGCUGUUUCGGAGGUUACUUUGGACGGUCUUUUCGGACUCGGACACGUACAAGUUUCAUCAUGACGGGGUGACCCGCAAUGAUGACAGUCCACCAUUUGCUCCGUGUUACUUUCAUCCUCAUCACGUCCAUCGACAACCCACCAAAUUGAGAGAUAUGAUUCGAAGAGAAUUCCGAACGCCCGACAUGGAAGCGUCGUCGUCGUCUUGUUCCGCUGCCUUUGCCAUGGAUGUGCGACGAGAAACGGCCUUUUUGGCACUCCGAAAACUCAAUGAAAAAUUGGCGUGGGCAAAGGAACUACAAGAGGAGCAGCAACGAGACGAGCCCAGUCACAACAAACAGGCGGCCAAACAUGUCGAACCUCUGAUUUGGAACGACGCUACCGAUAUUGCUUCUCUCUUGAAACCGGGUGUCUUUCUCGUGGCACAUCCUCACAUGACGGGAUUCUUUCGAAAAACCGUUAGUUGUAUACUGCAACAUCACGGCAAUGACAACCACAACAAAAACACUAAUGAGGAGGAUGAUAAUACUGACAAAGACAAGCAACAAGUCACUUUGGAAGGAACUUACGGAUUAAUUGUCAAUCGAGUCACACUCAAGGAUCCCAGCAAUAGCAGCGGCAGCAAUUUGCAGCCAUUAAACUUGGCCGAAGCACUGCCUCAUCUCCCAAAAGAUAUUCUCGCUUCUCUCGGUACGAUCCCCAUGAAAGAUGGGGGACCCGUUCACAUGCCCACCAUUCAAAUGGCUCAUACUAUUGGCAGCAGCAACGACGACAGUAACGACACGGAAAAAGACGGCGACGUUGGUGGAAUCCAAUUGCCAAAUGUCACUGGGUUGGAAGACGAAAAAGUUGUCGCGUACAAGGGGAAUAUCACAAAUGCGGCAGAGGCCGUGGCGUCGGGUACACUUGAUCGAGAUGAUGUAACCUUCUUUGUGGGAGCAAGCUGUUGGUAUCAAGGCCAGUUGGAAAGGGAAGUGGCAGAGGGAUGUUGGUUCCUCUGCCGUGGACCGCCGGAAAUCGUUGUUUCGGGAGCUUGUGAACAUCAUGAUCUGGCUGAAGAGGAGGAGGGAGAGUCACGACCCAGAGCAGAUUUGUGGUUAUCCAUGAUGUCUGCUUUUGGUCGAGAGGAAGCAAGGCUGGCACAUUGGACCAAUCCUAGCUUGACCACAGAAGACCAUAAAUAUGGUGCUCCUUGCGAUGAAUUCUAGCUAGCUAACAGUAGAUCCUGGCUGGAGGUAAUUCCGGAAACUUGCUACUAGUAGAAACAGACCUUCGACUGUC